ACGCCAGCGCCGGGACCAGCAACACAAAAACACAACUACUUGCGCUUCUGCCAACAGAACAAUUCCUUCAUUUCGCCGCCGCCUCUCACCGAGACCGAUUACUUGGACGACUUGGGCUGGCAAGUGCGUGCUUCCGUUGCAGCAUCACUGAACAUCCAACACGCAUCGUAUUGAUGAACAGGCAUCGGCCAACGACGAUUCCGACGCUUGCCGAGAACGACGUAGCGAGCUCCUCCGUCAAGCUUUAAGCUACCGCAAAAGCUUGACAGCAACCGUCUGUUCCAAGUCAAUCCCACAACAUUGCAGCAAGUUGUUAUUGUCUUCCACAGCCGCCGAAUGCGAACACCGCCGGGCGAUGAACUUGUAAGCUGCGUGGUCGUCACCCUGCGCAAGCAUCGAGCCCCCCUGCGCAACGGCCUUGCACGAAGCAUUGCCCGACAUCAAGAGGACCACUCCGGUGUGUAGAACGCCUGAAAACCCCGCCCUGGGUCCGAAGCAAUGGGCGCUUGCAUGAGCACAAGUAAUGAGGAGGAGGAGCAGAAGAAACGAAGCCAAGCCAUCGACCGAGUCCUCGACGAGGACUCUAAGAGACUAAGGCGAGAAUGCAAAAUACUUUUGCUGGGAUCUGGCGAGAGUGGGAAGUCCACAAUCGUCAAGCAAAUGAAGAUCAUCCACUUGAAAGGAUACUCCGAGGACGAGCUGUACAAUUACCGAGCGACGGUCUUCAAGAAUCUCAUCGAAUGCGCGAAAGCCGUCAUCAAUGCCAUGGACCAAUUCGACAUCGAGCCAAGCAACGAAGCGAAUAAGGAACACUGCGAAUACUUGCUCAAUUACUCUAUCGAGUCUGGUCCGUCGGCUCAUAUUGAAUCGAGGGUUGGAGCCGCGGUUCAGGCAAUAUGGGGUGAUACGUGCAUCGAGCAGUUGAUGAAACAUCAAACCGAGUUUUAUUUGAUGGACUCGGCGGGAUAUUUCUUUGACGAGGUGUCGAGGAUAUGCGCUCCUGAUUACCUUCCGAACGAGAUGGAUGUACUUCGAGCCCGAACGAAGACCACGGGUAUUUAUGAGACCCGAUUUCAAAUGGGAGCGCUCAGUAUUCACAUGUUUGACGUGGGCGGUCAAAGAAGUGAGCGGAAGAAAUGGAUCCACUGUUUUGAAAAUGUCACGUCCAUCAUUUUCUGUGUUGCCCUCAGUGAAUAUGACCAGGUGCUGUUGGAGGAAAGCAGCCAGAAUCGCAUGAUGGAAAGCCUGUUACUAUUUGACUCGGUCGUAAACUCGCGGUGGUUCAUGAGGACGAGUAUCAUCCUCUUCUUGAACAAAGUGGAUAUAUUCAAGGUCAAGCUACCGAGGUCACCUUUGGGGAAUUACUUUCCGGACUACUCGGGGGGCAAUGAUGUCAAUAAAGCAGCCAAAUACUUGCUCUGGAGAUUUAACCAGGUCAACAGGGCUCACUUGAAUCUUUACCCUCAUUUAACGCAAGCGACGGACACCUCAAACAUACGAUUGGUUUUCGCGGCAGUGAAGGAGACAAUCCUCAACAACGCGCUGAAAGAUUCCGGCAUCCUGUGAUUCCCCACCUCUCCUUUGGUUUAUCUACUCACUUUCUCACCCUGACUUCUGACUUUUGGGAGGCUAUGAUAUUUGCAAGCAUUGGGCAGGCGUUAUUCUUUUCCGGUGGGACUAUUGCAAUUUUUGCCAUUUCAUGCAAGGCGUUCCGGCUGCGACAUGCUCAACCUUCGAUACAUGUCACGACUAGACGUGAGAUGAAGUGACAAAUGUCAUGAAAGCGCUGAUCGAAGGCAUUAUGUC